AAACUAGUACGGAAAUGACGUAAUUAGUUAUAAGUCAAUAAUGCCGAAACACGGACGUUUGAGCUGUCGCCGCUGCUACGCGUCUUACCCUUCUACUGAUAUUGUAAAAUGUCAGACGUUCCUGUUUGGUGAGGUGACUUUGUGCCCGCCGUGCCACAAGUGGUUCCACCCGCACUGCAAGCAGCACGUGACAGUCGUGAAGCCAGAGGACAAACUUUGUGACUCAUGCACGGUCCGCAAAGCCAUUCUCGCAUGCCCCAUGUGUACAGGGUUCCCUUACCAUGUACAACUAUGCGUUUUGUGUUGCACGGAGAUUCACCGGGAUCUUCACGAAUCUCACUUAGAUCACGUCUACACCGUACCUGCAUGAAAACCGGUCUCACUUGUACCGCCCGAAAAAGGUCCCAUAUACAGGCUAUGAGCCGGAAUUGGUUGACUGACUGUAGUUUGACUCCAAUAGUGAAGAUGACAUGAUUUCAGAUGACCUUUAGUUUGUGUAUGACUGACAUUGUAUACAAAUAAUUAUGUUGUUGAAAAUAAAGUUAGUAUACCAUG